GCGUUACGAGCAACAACUAUAGGGAAUACCUUACGUCUAGUAAAUAAAAUAAAGAGUAGAGUCUACACAAUGGUUGGUCCAUUCAUGCAGGGCUUUCUGCUCAUUGGCAUCAUCUACUGGUAUUCCAAGGGCAUGAUGUCCAUGAUCAAUGAUUAUUAUCGCAGCGAAUUUCAACGCAAGAUACAAGUGGAAACGACGGAAAAAACAACGGAGAAAGCCCCUCUUAAUGUUGAUAAUUUUAUGGAUUAUGUGCGAGAAUUGGAUGAAGGCGUUGUUGGACAGAGUGUGAAGUCAAUUGAAGAGUGCUCCAUUAAGAGGGAUUCAGUCUGCAAAUCCCCUUCCCUGCAGCUUUGGACCUUUUUGCAUAUAACUGGCGCCUGGCCAGCCAGGAAUGUUUGUCGCAUAGACAGUUAUCCUGUAGAGGGCGCUCUAAUCUAGUUAGGAGUAUAUUUUCUAGAUAAACUAAGUUUAUAAGUUCACAUAAUACUUGUAUGUGUGGUUUGGUUUCAACUUACGAUUUUCAAACUUCGUUUAAACAUAGGGAAUAGUGAUACUACAUAUAUAGCUAUACAUGUGUGCUACGAUUUCUUUCUUUGAUUUAACGAAAAUAAAGUCCACUAAC